ACGUUUGUUGAUGCUGUGGCUGUGGUCCUGUGGUGGUUGUGUAAGGAAGUUUUGCAGCGAGCGUUGGCACAAGACAGGAUUGCUUGUGAUCACCUUCCGUGAUUCGUUUUAUUUCCGGUAGCAAUGUCAGGCGCCGACUCCGGGAUCGAGACGGGCAGCGAAAGCAACGGCAGCACCACAAUGUCCGUGGAAUCUCCUCCGAGAGUGAACAACGAUCCACCGGAACCGCCCCGGCACCCCAGCGAGGAAGACAGUGGCGCGCCGGUGGCACCGGAGGCCCCAGCGGGUCUCUGCUUCCAGAAUGUGGUGCCGCUGCCCGACCAGAACGGCUACAGCUGCCUGCAGGAAGGGGGCCUGCUCUACGACGAGCCGUCGCGCCACCCGUGCGUCGGCAAGAUGCGUCACGCCCACCGCAAGGGCGUCCGCUGGUGGCCCAACUCGUGUCUUAAGGGCAGGGACGUCCUCAGCGAGCGCAAGUUGAGGAUUGGGGCUAUCACAAACAAGGUAGACCUGGUUCACCGGCUCUUGAUGAACGGUGUCAACCCCCGCGCCGCGGACGAACGCCGCCGCACUGCGCUCCACUUUGCAGCCUGCAAGGGAAACCUGCUCAUCGUGAAAAUGCUGCUCGAGUAUGGCGCCAACCCGAACCAGAAGGACAUUGUCGGCAACACCGCGCUGCACCUCGCCGUCUGCACUAGUCACACAGAGGUGAUCACCCUACUCUUAAAAGCCGGGACAGACGUGAAUUCCCUAGACAACUCCGGGCGUACCCCACUGCACCUUGCGCAGUCCAAACUGCGUCUGCUCCAGAUGGAUCUCGCAAAGUCUUCGGAGAGCCUUAAGCAGGAGGUCAUGCAGGUGAUCGAGAUGAUGCAGGUGUACCUUCAGAGGAGCGGCAAGUCUGCCGAAUGCGACCUCCUCGGCACCUUCUCAACGAGAAUCCGCCUACAUCAGACGCGCCAAGAGGUGGACAAUGACGUGCAAGAUUUGCUCUCUAGCCUAGCUCACCUGAGUUUACACAAGACCUGAGCGUGCACCCAAAACAACAGAUGGACGUCAAACCCUCGUGCCCCGCCGCAGGCCCUGCAAACUCAGAGCAACUCCCAACCUGAAGACAAAAAGCAGAGAAAGCCAUUCAAGGGUUUUCGGACACCAGUUUUCAUGGGCGUCUCGAAGUCUCCAUCACCCCGUGAAUCUGCUACAAACGCGACCGUGCAGUUUUCUUGUUUUUUUUUUCCCCUGUUCAUGCCAUUCUCCGAUUGGACGAGUACGAAACCUUCGCCGGCACUUCACAUCGGGCCAAGGAGAGUGUUGGGUUCCGGUGUGUGAGCCAACUUAAUUGGAGACUGCACCUUAUUUUGCCGGUAUUAGCAUUGUUCGCCUGCUAAGACCUCAUUUACGCAGACUGCAAAAUUAAGUCCAGCUCUAAGUGGCUUCAUCACGCCUGAGAGAGGGCAAAGUUUUGUUUUUCUAUUUCGCGGGAAGUGGUGAUAUCGGUAAGUGGGCCAGUUCAGACUUAGUCGUCUGCUCGUCUGAAUUUCUCGUGUGUGCGAACCAAUCAAGUGACGCGAGCGACCCACAUGAUCUUGUGCUCCGCACGUCGUUGAAAAAUCACACUAUGUGCUUCUCAGAUGCGAAUGGCUCGGAGGCCACGCCCCUUACAAUCAAAACGGAGGCAGGGAAGCGCUAGAUUCCGUGCAGCAGCUCCGUGAUUUAAAACGGACCUUGCAUCCUUGUGAAACGAGCAUGUGCGGUAUGCGUAAAUAUAAGUUACGUGUUGUUUAAUGAAGUGCGAGAGGUAUUUCACUCUAAUGUGAGAUUCCAUCGUCAAGAACAGCUCGCAGCCGACACAGCUAGCCAGGACAGUUUCGGCUGCUUCCAUCCUAUCUGCCACUUUGGUUCUUCAGCUGUGGUUAUUUGACGCCGUGUGAGAACUCCUCGUAAACUACCGUUUAAAUUACGUCUUGUGCACUAUAUAAUGCCAUUAUACUCGCUGUAGUCGUAAUAAGGUAUGGCUAGAGUGGCAUAUACAGUUAUUAUGGGUGAGACUACAGUGCUGGCAGAAGUACCUUUAUGACCUUGUUCCCCUCAGGCAGACAAACAAACAAUACUGACUACUAGCGUACCCGGUUGAUGCGAGAAAUCUUUAUCAUUACUUCUUGUGCAGAAGCAUACUCUUAUAACAUCUGUUGGUGAUGCUUGAGCUUGUAAGUAGUGAUGCCGGGACAUUUUGUGGAGGUUCGACUGGUUUGGCUAACCUUCUAUCUUUCUGCAAAUUUUGACGAAUGGCCCCGGCUUCUACACAAAAAUUUCAAAAUUUGGUACACAAAUAAAUUGGGUAGUUUUGUUUUAUAUUUUACAAAAUGAUUACCAAUGUCUAAACAAUAUGAAAGUGACAAAAGGUACUUUUAAUGAUUGCGUUAAUUCGUAAUGCAACCAGUGAAGCAAUACAUACGACAAAUAUUGCACUUUUCCACCGCCAGAGGGUGUUAGUUCGUUUUCAAAUUUGCGCGCCUCUGCACACUGAAGUCGAACUUGGUCGAGCCCGAACUUCGGCGGGUUCGCGGCAUCCCUACGCCAGGUGGCGCAAGUCACCGCCCAAUUCAAAGGACUUGGCAGGGUGUCCCUUUUAGAUGAUCAGCCUCCAGCACACGCUCGCUGGAGGCUGGACAACUGAAGGAUCUGAAAAAAAUAGUUAGGGUGCGCAGGCAAGCUGGUGUAAGUUUACCAUUUUGUAGACACCCUGAGACUGGGUGAAGGAUCUGCCUGCCCUGCCAUUCUCGGUUGUUUGCAGAAUGGGAACAGGUUGUCGUGGUGGUCCUUCUGGGAAACAAGUGUUAAACAUUGUGCGCGAAGUGUCUGUGGUGUGACUCGUCUGCGACCUUGUGGAAUCUCGACGGUUACAGUGAUAUCCUUGUGACGUUUCCUGGUGAUAUUUCGUAAGAGUUCAACAGAAAUCAUAAUCGCAUGGGCAACCACCAUCACCUAAGUGUGCCGCCCCGCCUUUUGUACUUAGAUGGAAUAAAUGUUUUUGAGUCGUA